GACAUAUCCUGUGGUGAAUUGAAUGUGCCUGGUCAGCUCGACAGUGCGCUCAUUCAACGAGAUCAGGUUUCUUCAACUUACGGCUUGGAUGAUCACUUCUUUGAACCCUCCGAUACCCGGGCAGACACCCCGGAUGCUCCGCAGAUUUCAAAUAGGAGGCUCAAGUAUAAAUUCUGCGACUCUCCGCAGUGAAUCGUAUUAACAAGAAACGCAUUUUGAACUUUGCACCUCUCACCGAAAUCCUUCAAUGGAAAACAACCGAACGUCUGGACAGAAUCUCAAGAAAGAAGUGGACGUCAAAAACAUCGUCGGUGACGGUGACAAGCGGAUCUCGAAGCCGAACCCGGCGACCAUCUCCUCGGAUUUGAGCGCGACGGUCUUGCAGGGCGACUUCGUUUACUUUCUGCGUGCUGUGAUCGGUAACAAGCUCGACAAGCUCGUGAAGAUCCGGCUCCAGCGUGGGGGGUGGGAGAAGUGGUUCCAGGUCGAGCUCUGCCUGCUCAUCAACCAUUUCCACGACCGGAACAACGUCCAUGCGGUGUACUCCGCCGAGCGCGAGGAGCAGGUCUUCCCGGGGACCAGGAAGUCCGUGGAUGUCUCAAUCUCCGAGGGUGGCAAGUACACGCAUGUUCUCGAGCUCAAGUGCGGGAGGAACAAUCAGUCCGCCAACGACCUUGCCCAGGACAUUUGGGAUGACUGGGAAAAGGUCGGCGCGAUCACUGGGAACGGGAAUGGUCCGCUUCAGCCGAAGCUCGCUGCGGCCUCCCGUGUGGCCGUGUGUGUGUCGAUUGACAAGCCGCCCCCCCUGGAUGGAAAUUGGACCUGCUACACCGUCGAUGGGGCAGAGCAGGGGGUGCCUCACAAAGAGCCAUAGCACUAGGAUUUAGACUAGUGCGCAUGGCUGUAGCCAUAAAAACCGUAGACUAUUUUA